CACUGAUAGGUGGCAAUGACUGGCACUGAUGGGUGACACUGAAAGGCAGCUCAGAUGGGCACUGAUAUGUGGCAUUGAUGUGGCACUGAUGGGCACUGGCAGGUGGCAUGGAUGAGCACUGACAGCUGGCACUGAUGGACACUGACAGGUGGCACUGCUGGGGCUACACAGAUCAUCAGGGCACACUGAUCAUCAGUGCCCUGAUGAUCACUCUCAGCAUGACAGCUCGUGAGGAGAGAAAUGCCGAUAACCGGCAUUUCCCUAUUUACAUGAGAUCAGCUGUGAUUGGACACAGCUGAUCACAUGACCGAGCCGACAUCUUCGGCUCUUUCCGUCGAUCGGUGGUCCGCUGUGUCCGAGGGACA